AUGAGUAGUUUAAAGCAAAAACUUUUAAUCACUGUUGCUGUUGUAAGUUCUGUAUUACUGGUCAGACAACUUAGACAAAGGCAGUGUAGAAAAUUAAAAAAGAAAAACCGUAAAACUUGGCAAGAGAAAUGGUUGCAACGAAGAAACGCAGGCAGAGGUGUUUUAAACAUGCUCCACAAUGAAUUACGCAUUGAGGAUCCAGAAGCAUACAAAAAUUACUUACGUAUGAACCACGAUCAAUUCACAGAAAUAUUGCAAAAAAUAUCUGAAGAUAUCAAAAAGGUCAACACACAUUUUAGAGAAUGUAUACCGGCCGAACAAAGAUUAGCAGUUACUCUGCGGUAUUUAGCAUGUGGAAAUACUUACAGAGAUCUAAUGUUUGCAACUCGCAUUCAUGAAAGUACCAUUAGUUUAAUUAUUCCCGAGGUGUGUCAAGCAAUAAUAAAAGGGUUUAUGAACCAGUAUUUAAAGAUGCCCCAAACUGUUAGUGAAUGGGAAUGUAUAGCAAAAGAUUUUGAAGAACAAUGGAAUUUUCCCAUGUGCAUAGGUGCCAUAGAUGGCAAACACAUAAACUUCCAAGCUCCUCAAAGUGCCGGUUCAUUCUAUUACAACUAUAAAGGCCAUCACAGCAUUGUACUUCUUGCUCUUGUUGACGCAAAGUAUAAGUUUAUAUACGUGGAUUUAGGAGUAAACGGAAGGAACAGUGAUGGGUGUGUAUUUAGAGAAAGCAGUUUGAAACAUUACAUUGAUAACAACUUAUUAAACUUUCCUGACGAUAAGACAUUACCAGGAACAACUUUGAAAGUACCAUUUUGCAUGGUAGGGGAUGAUGCAUUUCCUAUGUCCUGCCGGCUAAUGAAACCAUAUCCUUCUCGUAAUUUGACUAGAGAAAAGAGAAUAUUUAAUUACAGGCUUUCACGUGCCAGACGCAUUGUAGAAAAUGCCUUUGGCAUUUUAGCGAACAGAUUUAGAAUUCUAUUAAACACAAUAAACCUAAGCCCUGAAAAAGCUGAAAUGGACACAUUAACGUGUUGUAUAUUACACAACCACCUAGCAUCAAACAAUCCAUUUUAUACACGAACUGAAGAAGAAUGUCAUCUGGAAAGUAUUGCAUCACAAGGUGGAAGUCAUAGCAGCCGUGAAGCUAUUAACAUUAGAGACAAAUUUUGUGAAUACUUUAAUUCAGUGGGUAGAGUGGAAUGGCAAGAUAGAGCAGUAGGCAUUGUUUGA